UGAACAUCAUGUUUAUUUUAUAGAUGGUACACAAUUGCUUAAUAGUUGUAAUAGGUUCUGCUUGAUCUGUUGUUAUCAUACCUUGACCAUGCCUGGAAAUGCCCUGGUGAUUGUGAAGUUCGGUCCGUAUGAGUCCUGUGGCACCGUGGAACACAGAACCUUCCGCUUACAGGGUCUGCAAGCCACUCUAAUUGAAGAUGGGCAUCGAUGUGUCCUGGAGAAGAUACCAGAAUGGAAUACAGUGGAACUUCUUGUUAAUGGGGACAAGGUUUUUCAUUGUAAUAUUAAAGACCUUGAUUUUGGAGGAGAUGGCAAGCUAGAUCCCCUCUGUCAGGAGGCUAGAACAGCUGUACUGAAUGCUUACUGACCAGUCUGAUGAUCUCUGAAUUUCCGAUGAAGAUGUUUCACCAUCUUCUUACACUCAUGCUGUCUAUAGCAUUUUCAGCCACAGUGAUAAAGGUAAAAUUUGACGGAUUAUGAAAUGCUGGGUUUGUAUCAUGCAUCCAAAAACAAGCAUAUCCAACUUUUGGUCUCUUUAAAGCCCCCGUGAAUGUUUUUUUUUUUGUACUCUGUCAAUGAUGUUUAAAUUGAUAGAACUAAUCAGUUUUAAAGCUCCAGUACCACAGUCCUGUUGAAUAGUAAAUUCAAUUUCUUUUCAUUUCUCAUUUCUUGCCUCUCAUUCACUCUUGUUUGAUCAUCAGUGUUCAUGUCACUCAGGCUAUAUAUAUAGUUCACUUUUUAUAAUUAUACAUUUUCAACUGUUGUUUUUUAUUAGUUUUUCAUUUAAAAAACAACAAAAAAUCAUUAUUUGAUUAUAUUUCCACAUCCUUCCCUGUGUGAUUUCAAAACAUGUUACAAAAUGAAUGUGCCUAACAGUACCCUUGCUUGC